AUUUAAUACAUAAAGCCAAUGACCAUAGCCAUCAUGUCACACACUACACAUUUUGUGUAGCAAAACAUUUAAAAACAUAAACAGAAUUUCAAUAUACCACUUACAGAGAUUUAUUUUAUUGUUUUAUUGUAUAAGCGUGUGCGCCGUGUGUGUGGUGACUGCAGAGGUGAGACGAACACUUGGGACGAAUCACCUGGAACUGGAGUUACAAACAGUUGUGAGCUACCAUGUAGGUGCUGGGAAUUGAACCAGCAUCCUCUGGAAGAGCAGGCAAUGUUCUUAACCACUGAACCAUCUUGCCAGCACCUGCAGAGCUUCCUUGAACUGUCUAAGGAACAACUGAUUUUCUGAAGCAAAGAAUGGAAACAGUCCACAUAGUAUUAGUGCAGACACAAGUAUUUUGUUCCAAAUAUUUUGCUCAUAGGUUCUGCAGGUUUAUACUUAACAGAGCAUUUAUAGGAUGGAAAGUGAGAGAAGUAGAAAAGAAGGAACAUCCCAAAUCAGAGUAGAUUAGUGGAGAAUCAAAAGCAAGCUCAGUGGGAGAAGUUCUGAGUGGAAACUUGCCAAGUGCACGCAGACACACAGCACACUAAAGGCUCGCUAGUUUGCUGAGUACGCUUUGCCUUCUACAAAUUUGAGAAAUCGGGGUGGGGGGAAUGUCUGCAUUGAAAACACAGCUCAGCUCCUGAAGUCCCUCUUCUGGGAUCCCACAGGAGCUCACUGUGGCCAAGUAUGAAAUCCAUCCCAGUUGCCAGGCCUUCUCCUCAAAGCAAACAGCUCUGGGCUCCCUAUUAGAUUAAAAUACAAACAAUGUCCCUCAAUCCCAAUAGAAUAGAUUAUUCCACGAAAUGUUGUUGUUACUAUUAUUAUUCGUUCAUUCCUUUACAAGCAGGCGGAGACAGUGCUGCUCCUCAGAGACACUGCCCUCCUGAGCAGUCAAAUAAGGUACUCGGUUCUCUCCUCUAAAUUUCCAAGGCUCUGGCUGCUAGUUCGCUGUACUCAUAGUCCGGUGUGGGUUGGUGCGUGGCAUCGAGUACACAUUAGAAGGAAAACUAGAUGCACGGUGCCAGACUAUUCUGCCUGUCUCUGCUGUGACUCUCUGGUGUGGACGCCGUUUGCAGUUUUAGUUUUACAAAGAGGAAAGUUUAAGUUAAGAAACAAAGCAGAAAACAACCUUAACCAUCAGAACUGGGUCUGAAGCUCCUCAGGAGGAUGCGGGCGCAUUCCGUGCACCGACCAGCACAUCCUCCACAACACAGAUUCACGCAGACCUUCCUUCUUUAACUCUCAGCUCCUUCUUUCUACUCCUACUUCCUUUUUUCUUUUCUUCCAGAUCAAGCGUUAAUCUGCGAAUUUCUGACCGCAAAAGAAAAAAAAAGGGGGGGGGGAAUCCUGAAGUAGCAGAGCGAGGGAGGAGGAGGAGAAAAGCAGGGAGGAGGAGCCCAACAGAGACGAGUCAGAGGGACUGGUGGCUCCUGCGAGUAUGCAGCCCGCGGGGAGCCGGCGCUGCAGGCUGUGAAGCCUCCCGCCCGCCCAGUCACCCGAGCUGCUCGCCCGUCCGCGUCUAGCGUCUGGGGCCCUGCUCCACUCAGACCGCGGCCGCCUCUCGGGAGCCAGUGGCGCUACAAGGCUAGCGGGCCACAUCGGUCCCCUCGCCGGCGCCCAGGAUGCCGUUCUACCGGCGCACGGUGGUGCCCCAGCGUCUGUGCCCGCGCAACCCGCCCCAGCCACUAACCGAGCUCCGCGACGUGAGCCACCUGGCCGCGCUCAGCCUGCUCCGCCAGCUCGCAGACCUCUGCGGCCACUCGCUGGCUCUGCUCGAGGACCUCGAGGGGCACCUGCUGGCCCUGGGGCGCCGCACCGACAGCCUGUACCGGCGCACCGUGCGUCUCCGCCGCCGUCUUCCCUGUCGCCUGCUCGGCCCGGAGGACGACGAAGAAUUGCUAGGUGCCUGCCACUGGGUGAAUGGAAUUCGCAGCCAGAGGGCAAGGGAGCUUGUGGAUGCAGCCAGCACAGCUGCAGCUAACUCGGGUCGGGAAAAUGCGACAGCGACUGCCCACUCGAGGUCGUCAUGGCGACAGCCAGUGAACGUGUUCCUCUCCUCGGGCAGGCCCCCGAGUGUAGAGGAACUGCUUCGCGAGGCGCAGCUCAAUCUCCAGAGCCUGUUGCAAGAAGAAUAUGAGGAACAGUAUUCGGAGGCCAGACUUCUGGGGCAGACCUUCCGCUCUUCUGAUGAGGCCCCUGAGCCUACUGCCAGCCAAAGGCCCCAGUCUACCAAGCGUCUGGAGUUUGUAUCGAUGCCUGCAAAACGGCAGCUGAGCGAGGAUGAGACCACGACCCAGGGUGUGAGGGCCCCCGAGGCCUGCCUGAGCCUGUCUACAGCCGACAAGCAAACUGCCUGGAAUGGCCCCUUCCCUCUGCCCAUCCUAAAGGAGAAGCGCUGGCUUCAACCCUGCCCCACGCAGUCCGACCUUGUGCCCAUCAACAUCUCUGGGCAGCAGUUUGAUAGACAUGCAAGUUUUCGACACUCGUUGUUUAACACAGAGACAGCCGUGAACCCCAAGUCCACCCUGAGGCGGAGGCGGACCAUUAUUGGAUUCUCUAACUUUUCUCAGCGAGACCCAGGGCACAGCACCAGCCCGGUAGGCAGCCUGGCCUCAGACAUCAGGCCUGGCCACUCGGCUCCACAAGUUGUUCAGGGAAGAGUUGCUAUUGGGCAGGAAGCUCGGUUUCCAAGUCUCACCUCGCCAGGACUGAGACACUCAUCGAGUGAGCCUGCAGACCCUCACCAGGCACGUGGUGGCCCAGACCCUCCUGGUACGGAGAGCAUGGCAAUGGUGUACAGUGUCCCCAGUUCUUGCAAUGGACCAACAGAGUCAACGUUCUCCGCUUCCUGGAAGGGAGAUGCUUUCACAUACAUGACUCCAAGUGCCAGCAGCCAGAGCAAUCAAGUCAGUGAAAAUGGAAAAAAUCCUUCCUCUGGGAAUUCUUGGGUCUCUCUGAACACACUCCCACCUCUGGUCCCUAAAGAGGCGGCUACCCUCUUUGUCACCCGUGAUAACCCAGCAGGAUGCACUGGGUUACCCAGCUACUCUGAGCACCCCACUCAACGAGGGCAAAUACCAGAAAGACCUCCCAAGAUUGGCCUCCUGGCCCGUGGUACCUCAAGACUGGAAACAGGCCCAGGUGGAACUAACAGAUUCCGGGAGCGGUCACUUUCUGUGCCCACGGACUCAGGUGUCACCUCAGUGGACUAUGGUGAAGAGCAGAAGAAGGCUGGUGAGGCCUGCAUCCUGCCUUACGCCAGUGCAAACUCUGAAGGCAGUAACAGUACCGACAACAUUGCAGCCCUCAGCACUGAGCAAGAGGCGCAGCACAGGAGACAAAGAUCCAAAAGUAUUUCACUCAAGAAGGCCAAAAAGAAGCCCUCUCCACCCAUGAGAAGCGUCUCACUAGUCAAAGAUGAGACAGUCCUCCCACCAGAAGGUGAAUUGGCACUGCCCAAGGACCAGAGGCCCAGGAGCCUUUGCCUCUCCUUGGAACACCAAGGGAACCAUUCAUCUCACCCAGAUCCUCAAGGUCAUCCAUCUGGGCCAACUCUCAAAGAUCCAGAAGGUUCACAGUUCUCUCACCACUGGUAUCUUACUGACUGGAAGUCUGGUGACACCUACCAAUCCUUGUCCAGCUCCAGCACAGCCACUGGCACCACAGUCAUUGAAUGCACUCAAGUUCAGGGAAGCUCGGAGUCUCUGGCCUCCCCUUCCACCUCCAGAGCAACAACACCCUCCCAGCUCUCCAUUGAGGUGGAAGCCAGGGAAGUAGCCUCUCCUGGAAGGCCCACUGGACUGAUGUCCCCUUCCAGUGGCUACUCGAGCCAGUCAGAGACACCCACACCCACUGUCUCCAUGUCCUUGACCCUGGGCCACUUACCGCCUCCAAGCACCAGUGUCCGAGUACGUCCGGUGGUACCAGAAAGGAAGUCAUCACUGCCCCCGAUGUCACCAAUGGAAAAAAUCUGCAAGUCACGGUUAUCAUUUGACCUACCAUUGAGCUCUUCAACCACCCUGGAUCUGUCAGGGAUGAGUAUCUCCAUCCGCAGCAAGACCAAGGUGAGCCGCCAUCACUCUGAUACCAAUUUUGGAGCCAAACUGGCGCAGAAAACUAGUCCAAACCAGCCAAUCAUGCCCAUGGUUACUCAGUCUGACCUCCGUUCUGUUCGCCUGAGGUCAGUCAGCAAGUCUGAGCCAGAAGAUGACAUUGAGAGCCCAGAUUACACCGAGGAACCUGGAGCAGAAGAAGUCUUCACCUUGCCGGAGAGAAAAGUGAAACCUCCCAUAGCUGAGAAACCGCCACUGGCCCGAAGGCCUCCAAGCUUGGGUCACAGGCCACCCUCGCUCCCUGGGGAGUAUCCACUAACUUCUCCUACUAUGGCUAUGACACCCAGGAGCUCCGUUCCACACGUGAAGCAGCUCCCCCAAGACAGCUACACAGUGUUGCGGAAACCAAAGUCACCUAGCUUCCCCAGUGGCAGGAGCCCUGGGGAGUCUACAGCACCCUCCACCCUUGUCUUCACACCUCUUGCCAGUUCCUCUGGUGCUUUCUUCUCAGGAACACAGCAACCUCCCCAGGCCAGUGUAGAAGAUGGGGGCCCCAAGGUGAGAGCCCUGCCAGAAAGAAUCAGCCUCCAGAGCCAGGAAGAAGCUGAGAAAAAGAUGAGCAAGAUUCCACCUCCUGUACCAAAAAAGCCCAGUGUGCUCUACCUGCCUCUCACCCCCCCUGUAGCUCAAAUGGAUGCCGGUAUGGCCGAGCCAAGGCUGCCUUUCAGCCCCAUCAUCACCUUAGAGGAAGAUACCAAGUGUCCCUCCACUGAGGAUGACCCGAAGUCACCUGAUAAGACGAUGACUUCCACUCUUCCUGUUGACGGUGAAAAGGAGGCCGUCUCUCCAGGGAGGACUGUGGAACCAAGUGCCGAAGAGAAAAGUUUAAUCAGUGAUAAGACAGCCGAAUGGAUCUCAGAGGAAGACGAUGACGUGUUUGUGGCUUCGCGCACGACUGAAGAUUUAUUUACUGUGAUACACAGGUCCAAAAGAAAGCUCCUGGGCUGGAAAGAGCCUGGGGAGGGCUUCCCGGGCAGCAGACCCAGCUCCCACUCACCAGUGAAGAACACAGCUGAUUCUCCCACCACUGAGUCUGCUGCUGCCACAGGGCCAAGUGGCAGUGCCUGCCUAGACGCUGGCAGAAAUGAUGAUUUCAAGGCCCUGCUCCAGAAGAAGGGAAGUAAGGCGACUCCUAGGACCCGCCCCUCAGCGGCCGAGCUGCUCAAGACCACGAACCCUCUGGCUCGAAGAAUCAUUGCCGAGUUCUCAAAAGACUAUGAACCCACUGACAGCCCCAGUACCUAAGCCCUGCUUCUUAUUCACUAGGUCUGAGGAGAGCAGGGGAAAGAGAGAGGGCUUCAGAAAGGAACCAACCACAGGAAUGACAAAACAUUCUGUCUUUGACAUUAACUCAUACUCUGGACAGCAGAGAGGCCAACACAACACACCUGUGCUCCCCAGGCACUCUGAUAGGCUUCAGACCAUCUGCGUUUCCAUGCUUACCAUGGCUGAUCAUCGGUGUUCUUAAAUUCUCCCAGCGCUGUGCAGUAAGAAGAGAUCCUCAGAUUUGGGAGCCCGUAUGCCAGCUUUUUCAAUGUCCUGGCUGUUUUGUCCAUUGGCUCCUGUUGCUGAAAGGCACGGUGGGAGAACAGAUCGGGGACCUUCCAAACCAGGGCUGGGGACAGAGGCACCAAUCCCACUGCUGAUUAUCUCCUCUCCUGGGGUGGCUUUGAUGGCCCUAUGUGAAAACCCAGACAGACACCGAGGCCUCCUCAACCCCAGAGGGAGCUCUGCAGGAGGCGUGCACUAAUUUCAGCGUGGGGUUGAUUGGAUGGCUUCUGUGGUGCAAACAUGAGAGUGACUGUCUAAAACUCCAUGCCUUUUUCAGUUUGAUUGUCUAUGCGGAGAUCAGGGUGAUGAGUUUCAAUAAACUUCUAGGAUUUCCCCCUCCCCCAUUAGCUAGAAAAGAUGGGACUGGGUGGCUUUGGCUGAACCAAGCUUUGCAAACGAACGGGACAUUUGUUCGCUUGCAUCUAGCCAAGGUAACUCGCAUGCGCGCCUUGAGGUCAUUCGAGUGUCUGUCAAUGUGGGUAGCCAGGAUCUGUGCCAAGCUCAUGCUGUAGACUCCAAGAACUCUCAUUUCACUCGCAUGUAACAUUCAUUACAGGAAGUAAUUAGGCGAAGGACUGGCAUCAUCCGAGGCUCCAGGAGUAGAACGGAAAUGUACCUUGCCCCACACCGUUCGAUUCAGAGUGUGCUUUUUUGUGGUUCUUUGGGUUUUUUGUCAAGGAAAUCUGACUCUGUUUCAACGAUCAAGAACCUGUAGACUGAAAAAGAUCUACGUUAAAUCAAAAAGAGAGCCCAUAAUUCAAGAAGGCUACGUUUUGCCAUUUAGGUACUGCUGUUUGGCCAACUUUCAGCUUGCCACGGCAGGGGGGCGGGGGGAGCAGCUAGGAUAAAGAGGAUACUGAAAGAGUUCCAAAACAAUCACAAUUACCCCUUCCCUUCCAAAGCCAACAGGCACGGGCUGUUCUUGUCAACUCGACUUUGUAAGUAGAGCAAGAGCACCUGAUCUCCGAACACCUGCUUUCCGAGGGGCUGGGGACAAACUGAGCAGAGCACUGAACAGAGAACCUGCUGGCCAGUGUUGGGAAGUUCUUUGUCUUCUGCCCCCAAAGGGCCCAAAGGAACUGAACUUGUAGUGUGCUUUGCAAAAAACAAACAAACAAAAAUGGGCUUUGACUCAUCGCCCGCACUCCCUGCGCUAAAACAUUCCUUGCUCAGUCUCCCGGAGGAAGCAGUAAGGAGUCCAUUUUGAUAGGUCACACUCCUCACCAAGGAGAAGCAAACUGUUAGCUCUACUGCCCACACUCCAGCAAGGCAAAGUGGCUGCAAAACUACCCCGAGUACUGAGAGGACUCGGGUCUCUGGCGUAGAAGUCCUAGGCUGAGGCCCUUGCUUGGGUGGCUCUAGUUCCGAUUGGUCAAAUUCUAGACAAAUGGAAAGAGCUCAAGCUCGCCAGCUCUCUUCCAGCUAGCACUUCCCUCUCGGGUCUAGAAAGAAGCCACUUAAAUAAUCAACAGUUAGGGGAACUCUGGAAGCGCUUAAACCAGUUAACAUGAAGAUCUUCUAAGCCAAGUUUCACGAGUCAGACCGGAAUGCGGGAUAUACACUUUGAAGCACCGCACCUGGGAGACGGAGACAGGCAGACUUCUGUGAGUUUGAAGCCAGCCUGAUGUACAUAGGUAGUUCCAGGAUGCCAAGGUUCCAUAUUGAGACCCUGACUUCAGUCUUGGCCUUGGUUUAUACAUAACUACCACACCUGACUUAACUCAGAAUUCCAAAAGACAGAGGCGUUUUCCUCUGUAGGAAAAUGAAGGAGUGGAGUGCCCUUGCUUCUGCCUAUCAGGAGAAAAAGUUCCCUGGGUCUGCUCCACAGAACCGUUAUGAAUCAAUCAUUGAAUUCUAAAGUUUGAGCUGUAUAGGGCUUGCUACUUUUGCUGAUGAUUUAUUUGAAGUGUCUUGUUUGUUCCUUCUCAUGGGUUUGGCCUCUCCCCUCACCUUGCUACCUCUGGAGGUUCCCCCCAAAAGAUUCUAAACUGAAUGCUUGACUGCUUGAGGUUGUUUCAGUGACCUGAACCCCUGCUCUCCUCUAUACGACUAUGUAUGCCUGGAAUGUUUAGAACAUUUCCUUGUCACUAUGACCCCCAGAAGCCCAACUAGCACAAGAGAUUUGGGGCAGAGGCUUUACAGUCAGUGGAAACACUUUGGACUGGGAGUAGUCGUUCUGUCCCUCCAGGCUUGGCAGGGAGUAGACCUAGUCCUACGCAAACAACCAGAUUGUUAAAUAAUAAUAGUAACUAAAAACAGUCAUUGAUUAGCACAGCACCAAGCAUCUUUCUGAAUACUUAACCGCUCUCCUGUUCCUAUUAUCAUAAACAUUAUCUCUCUCCCCUGAGGACAAUGUGUGCUGCCCAGGAGGCUGGAUUGGGAGGGGGACCCCUUUCAGGAAAGUCUCAGGGAGGUUGCUGCCACUGCUGUGACACACGGCACAUGGAAAGAAAGAGAGGGACCUCUAAGGCUGGCACACACACAGUGAGUCGGAGGGAAAUGAAAGGGGGUUCAGGUGGUCAGCCUCUGCUUCAGGCUCUUCCUAUCCCCUUGUUUUCCUCCAGCUCCAGCCCUCAGUGGCAGGUGGCCCUGUUAGAAGAGCUUUGGUCCAGUCAAGGGUGGGGGGAGACCCCCCCAGAGGCAGUUAAUGUGUACCUACGUGCUUUGCAUUUGGUGGCUAUGUAUUUGUGGUUCAAAUGUGAGUGGCGGAGAGCAUGUUGGUCUUAAUACAAAGGCUGGCUUUGCUUGUGGAUCCUCCCCGUUGCCUGUACUACUGGCCUGCCUGGGCCUCUCUCGCCCUCCUGGCUCCAGCUUGUCUUUCAGUCCUAACACCCAGGAACUGCACCAACGAGACCAGCAGCUCAGCCACAAAGGAGUCAAGGCCUCAGGCAGCCAGUUCAUUCACAGUAGCCUCACGACCACAAGGUUGAUCUGGAAAAAAAUGACCUUGAAUGUACAAAGACGGGCAAAUCUCCAAGGUUCCCCCAACAAGCAUUCUGCCUGGCAUCUACGUCAUCAAGACAACAGAGAUCCAGUUGUGUACCUGUCACUCUGAGCAGAUCUCCCCAGGCACCCGCCCCCUCCUCACCUCCGAACCAGUCAGGAAAAAGACUCGGUACCACUCAGUGCUCUGUUGCUCACUACUUCCGCCCUCUGUGUUUGCCAAGUCUGUGGCAUAAUGGUGAGCUUUUCCUUUGCUAUGAUUUGCCAGGGCCAGGAUUAGGGUGAGGCGAUUGGGGAGACGCCCCACUCUCAAGGCCCCCGCCAGUGCCUUACCCUUGCCACGGCCCUGUGAUUUGCGCUCUGUAAAGUAGUAUGAGUUGCUCUUUCUUCCUCUGAGUGUAGUUCUGAUUUGGGGGCAGGUUUUGCGCCAAAUGUUUUCUUGCUGUUUCUCCAUUGGUUGCCAGCAGCCUUUAUAUGCGUUAAAGAAUCUUCAGUAUUAUCACAAACAUUUCAGCUGGCAAGUUAGCGCCCCGUUCAGGAGGAGCACGAGGGCCAGAGAACUUCAACAGGAAGUUGAGGUCUGCCCAUGUGGCCUUCUGUCUGCUCUUUCUGCUCCCUUCUCCCUUGUAGUCCUUGUGGCCCAGCACCGAUUCUCCUCAGUGCCUCCUACUUCGUUCUCCUCCUAAGAAAAACAUGCUCUCAGGAAAGGGAUGAAUUCAUUGACUCUGAGACUGGGAGGCUUCAUGCUACCUUUUUCGAGGGUUGCUUGCAUUUUAACAGGGGAACAGCCUUAAGCCAAAGGAAUGAAGUCCUUGCAGAAUGUUAGAUGUCACCUAGUUGUACAAGUUCUUUUUCACCGUGGAAAGACCAGACUCCCUGACAGCUGACUCCAGAGGAUAGAACCUCUGGUCUUCUCCUGGAAUCAUUGGAGUUAGUAGCUGCUGGUCAAUUAUCUAGAUAACCCUGUGCUAUUUUCCUACCAAGGGAUUCUGAGAAAAAGCUACUUACAAGCCUCUGAGAAGGCCUAGAUCAAGCACUCCUAUUGUACAUUAACAUGUUUGUGUAAACGGUAUUAAUACUACUUACCACUUAGGUAAAAGACACAAAGAUUUAACAAGUUUGUGAAGUGUGUCCUGUUUGUGCAAGGUGACUCGGCCGAGUCCACUUCUUACCGAUGUCAGUCGUCCAGUAUCAGUGGUGGUUAUUAAACUGCGUGGGGGCCUAGUUACUAAGCACAGGCCUCCACUACCCCUCCUGCGGUUCGUCUCUGUGGUGCGCUAUGACUCCAGCUUGGUGUGAGAAUGAGACCUUUUCUAAAGCAGAGCCCCAGUCCCUAAUGCCUUUGCAUGUAUUCAGCUCUAAGUGACCAAGAUAGGAAGGAUUUAAGAGGACAAGCGAGUAGGAAAGAGGUACAAAACAGUGCCUUUGUCAUAAGUCAGCAGACAGUGUGAUGACUUUCACGUGACUUGAAACAAGCAAGUCAACUAUUUUAAAAUACUUUGAAAUCAGUUUGUAGAGGACUAUGGUUGCGAGUGGUUUUUGAACACAUGUUGGAGGCACUUUAAUAAGUUUAGCAAAAAAGAAAUUUGCCUAAUGAAGACUGUGUGAAAUAAAUAUAUACCUUUGUUUGGUAAAGGCCCAAAUCUAGGCCACUGGUUCUCAAAGGAUGGUCUUGGAAUCACCAAGAGCAACAUAUGAGAGAAGGAGGGGGAGAGACAGAGAGAGAGAGGUGUCACACCUUUAAGUCCUCUGAAUCGCCAGAGCCACGCCUCUCUGCAACAGGUUACCUUUCUGACCUUUAGUUACAGUUAGCAGUCCAGUCUCUGGCAAAGAAGCAUGUCUAGCAUCUUCUUGCUCCGCUACACAUUUGUCUGGCGUUAAGAAAGUGUCAGAUUGAAUCAGGCCCAUCUGGCCUGGUUUGGGAUUUUAAAAUAGUAACAACAACAACAAAACCUGUGGUGGUGGUGGUGAUGGUUGCAUUUGGUAGGACCAGUCCUUAAAUGAACGUCCUCACCACCGUGAUUGUUCUCUCGGAGGGCUCUUGCAGAAAUGGAUUUGCUUCUGAGGCUCUGCCUGAAGGCUAAAGUGUGGCAUUUGAUAGUAGUGAUCUCCCCCUACAGGGAAACAAACACCUAAACCAGAACAACCAGUUAACCCCUCUCAGCCUCUUUGUAAUGCUAAGCUUUAUAGAAAUUUAUUCCGUAUGUGGUCUUGAGAUUUUCUAUGUCCAGUUUUAUAAAAUGUUCUGCAUGCCAAUACAGCAUUGUGGUCACGUCAAAGCCAUUCCUCCUCCGUGUGUGUGCUGGUGAAGAAAUACCAACAUGUAUGUUUUGAUGUUUCCUGAUCAACUGUAAAUUACAUUUUCAUUAAUUUUUAAUUGAGAUAUAUUUACUCUGGCUAACAGUUAAAAUUUUAUUCUUUUUAUUAUCUUUCAUUGCUACUUUUUUCUACUGAUUCCAAGGCUUACUUUGGGGGGAGAAUUUCUUAUUUCUAGAUUGUUGUAUCUCUUAUUUCUAUAUUUAUCUAUAAUCACAGAGUGUAAGAGCUGAAAGGGACCAAUCUCCCUCGUUUCAUAGAGGAAAUUAAGGCCCAGAUGGGUCAAACGGCUUGCCGAAGGUCACACAAUGAGUCUGAGGCAGGGCCCAGCCUCAAUUCUAGGUUGCCUGCCUCUGGGAUGAAUGUUUUAUCAUUUAAAUCAGUAUAUUUAUGAAGGACCCAUGACUGGCUUCUACUUGUCUGGCUCAUUAAUUUCCCAGGUAUUUCAGUGAAAAAAAAUCUAUAUGCUUUAAAAGGAACGCUUUGUUCUUCAGUUAAUGAAUCCAAAGAAAAUCUGGUUUUUAGUUUAGAAAAUCAUUUCCCUCCAUGUUUGCUAUCUGUGCCCUACUUUGUACAGUGGAUGUUUCCCCUAAAAGCUGUGGGGGGAUGGAUUUAUAUAGAGCAAAUUUCAUUUUUUAGUAGGAAAGCUUCCCUGUGUAAGGGAAUCUUCUAGGGGCUUUUUUGGAGAAACAAAACUAAACAGAUUCCUCUUGUCAUUUGUUCCUUUAGGUCUUUAAUUACUUAUUAGUGUGAUUUUUUUUUUGUACUUGCUUUUAUUUAAAGUAGGGCAAACCAGUGUUAGCUUUCCUAGAAUUUACUAGAACCUUACCUUCCUAAUCUUUUUGAGAAAUCUUUAGACUGUUAUAUGCUUAUGAGCUAUUCAAUUGUAUUCUAGAAACUUCACCUGACCUGACAUUUUGCCAGUCCCUGGGCUCAAAUUCCAUCUCUAUCUGAUCAUAUAAGAACAGAGUUCCCUAAUCAGUACUUAUCUCUACAUAUGGUCUCUUUUCCAGAACAUUCUUUGCCCAGUGUUCCUUCCUGUGCUCUUACUUUAGCCAUCUCAGGCCUCUUUCCUAAAUCACACAUACCUCACUGUCCUGUGCACUUUUGGACACUGCACCUUGAGGGCCGGGCUAGUCAUCCUGAGCAACAUCUCCAGUUACUUCCGUGUGCCCAUUUUUCUUGGAUCUCUCCCGGUUUCCCUUCCCAGACUCAAAGGCAUCUCUCACCAGAGACUGCUGGGAUUUUCCCAUCAUUUCAGGAAAUCAAUGAACUUUCCCUUCAAAGGGCCUGAGAGGAAUUGUUUUAGUCUUUGUGGGUCAUCUAUGGUUUUUGUGACAGAUUCUUUCUUGUUGCUGAUGGUUCAUUCACUCGUUUUACACCCUUUGGAACAUCUGAAAACCAUUCUCAGCUCACAGGCCAUGCAAGGCUGACCCCCGAUCCACACUACCAUUUUUUGACUGUCCCCAUUGUGAAAAGUGGACAAGGGCUGGCAUGAUGGAUCAGCACGUAAAGGUGUCUGCCACCAAGCCUGAUGAUCAAUGGGAUCUAAGUUUGAGUGGAACCCACGUAGUGAAAGGAGAGAACCCCUGCAAAUUAUCCUCGGACCUCUGUAAGCAUGAUAUACACAGGCUCACACACACACAAAUAGAUAGAUGUAAUGCUAGAAGAAGGGUUUUUGUUUUGUUUUGUGUUUGGUUUUGUUUUUCGAGACAGGGCUUCCUCUGUAGCUUUGAGGCUUGUCCUGGAACUAGCUCUUGUAGACCAGGCUGGCCUUGAACUCACAAAGAUCUGCCUGCCUCUGCCUCCAGAGUGCUAGAAGCCACCACCGCCAGGCUUCUAAGAAGGUUUUUUAGGUUGAGUCUUGUACCAGAGGCUGUCGCGCACUGCCUCACAUACGCUGUACCAUGAAACCAGUCUGCUCACAUCAGGACACGAAGAGGUGGGGGGGGGGGCUGCAUGUGACAGUCUUUCUCCAUGUCCCCUGUCACUAAGUAUAUUGAUAGAGAACACCUUAUUUCCUCCUACGGAUCUAGCCCGUUCAUUGUGCCUCUAUUUGCCCAAGGUUGGGGUAAGGUGGUAGGAACGUUUCCUUAGGUCUUUUGUCCUGUCCUUGCUCUCCCUGUCUUGGGCCACCUGGUCAUAUCCCACACUGCCGUCACCAGUUUAGGGUGCUGUCAUUCAAAAGUCUGAUAGCAUACACCCUAAGAGUCCAGUUCAGUUUACAAUUUCCUGGAAAAACCACCAACUUCCUGGUUCCACAGGCUUGUUUUAAAACCCAGAAUACACACAUAUCUCUGUCCUAAUACAAUUGAGACCUAGCACUAGACAGCAUGGAACCCCAGCAAGAAACCUAUAGGGUACAGGAAGUAUCUGUGCUACAGUGUCUCCAGCCUCCUGAAUCCCCAUCGGCUAAAGUACUUCAUUGCAUCCCUCCAACCGAUGGGCAUCCGACACAUCACAUCCUGUUUCCUUCACUUCGGCUACCGUGCUAUCCUCCCCCUCUCUCACACUUUCAGGAACUGGAGUUCAGAUUCACAGUUCUCACACUUACCGUGUGUGAAUUGGGGUGUACUGCGAAAGCGUGCACCUGUGUGCGUGUUUUCUGCACCUGGCUGUGAAUCACACCUGAGCACAUGCACCAUAUAUACAGCGCUCUCACUGGUCCUCUGGUCCAGGACCAGAUCUAACGAGACUGGUCAAGGAAGGAAAUAGUGGGGGAUCCUGAGGCAUCUCUCUUCCUGUCCUCUGAGAGCUUCUUCGCAUUGGCUUGGGCUGGCUCCUCUCGCAUGGAGGCCUUUAAAGAACUCCUCUAUGUCAUUCCUGGGCAGGCAGCAUCCACAGAGCCAGGAAAUCAUUGCAUGUGGACUCAGUUACUGGGACAGAAGCGUCAUCUCUUCCAGCUCAACAGAUGCACGUCUCUGGUCCUUUAGCUUAACUUCUGUCAUUUGAGCCCAGGGAUCCACUCAUUUCUUGAAACCUAAAUUUUCAAACAUCAGACUCGAGUAAUUUUCAGGGUUUCCUUUCUCAGAGUUCCCAUGAAGUGGUUCAUUUCUGCCUUUUCUUUAGAGUUUGCAGAGUUAGGAAGGGAAGGAAAGGAGGGCUGUGCCUUGGACCCAGAAGCAGAGCGAGGACAAGGAACAACCUGUUGUGCAGCAGCCCCCCGUAGAGUUGGGUCAAGUUAAUGCUGCAGUCCGUGCUCCCGGGUCUGCUGUGCCCUGAAGACAAUUCCAGGUGGGAAUGUGCAGAGUGAUGGGCUACACUGAAAGGCAGGACUAAUGCCCACCCCCAGGGAUGGGACUACGUCUUGGAUUCCAACUCCAGGAGAAGCAGUAACUAGGAGAGAUGGCAAACCUUGUCUUUGGAGAAUUCCAUCACAAACUAAAAGGGAGUCCUCUGUGGGGUGAUAUUACAAAGGUGGUUUCUUGUGUUUCUUUUCCUUGGUUGUUUUGUUUCUUUCAAGAUUCCUUACUGGCUUGCUGCCAGCAAUUGAACUGUGUUCUUUCUAGAGCUAGAGCUGUUUGUGUCUUCUGCGAAUAAACUUAUUCUGUUAAAACCA